AUGGCGAAGAAGAGCAACCCCCGUUCGUCCACUAGUGGCUCAACGAACAACAAGAAGAAGAGCCGUCCAACGAAAAGGGAUAUCGCUGCUGCAACCCACAGCCAGAAUAUUGCGAAGUUUUUCGGUCCAUGUGCCACUUCUGCGGCCAAUCCCGUCGUCAAACCUGUCGCUUCCAACAAACAAGCUUCCAAAGAAACGGCCAAUGGCAAACGACCUUCCAAGACGCAACGAGAAGCCCCCGAUGAUCAACCUUCUGCCGACCUGGUUGUCUCCGACCCAGUUCGUACCGAUCCUGUCUUUGAGUUUCCUGCCGCCGAUCCCGCGACAGAUCCUGCCUCCUAUCAUGCGACCGAUCCUGUACCCAAGCUUUCUACCGCCGAUCCCGCGACAGAUCUCGAUGUUGUGGCCUCUGCCGCCGAUCCCGCGACCGAUCUCGAUGCUGUGUCUUCUGUUGACGCCGUCGCCGACCCAGUUCGUACCGAUCCUGUCCUUCAGCUUCCUGCUACCGAUCCCGCGGUCGAUCUCGAUGCUGUGCCUUCUGCGGACGCCGUCGCCGACCCAGUUGGAAGCGAUCCCGCCCUCGAGCAACAACCGCAAUGCUCAGAUGUCCGCUGGAAGGGUGUCACCUACAGCUUUGCAGAGCCUCCUCUAGUCUCAACAUUGGAGGAAUGCAUUUUGAACUACAAAUGCAAGUCUCAGAUUGACACUAUCAUUGAUCAAGCCCCAGAUCUCUCCACCAAGGCCAGACUUCGUCAACUGGAUGAGAUUGUACAGAACUUUCUUGAAUUAAAGUUCGCUGCAAUGGUGGAUGGAACGGAUCCUGCUUUGAAGUGGGGAAUUGGGCGACUCAAGAUGCGCAGUUUUGACACUUCUGGAGUCUAUGGCAUUGCCUACACCAAGAAGAAACCCACUGUUGCCUCUGCCAUGAACACAAAUAUCGGUGCAUCAUUGGUAGGAUGUCAUGCCAGCGCGCUGAAGCAAAACGCACCAGUAGCUGCUUUGGUGAUGGACUUGGAACAAUGUCUGGCUGCAGUGCCUGAAGAAGUCAUUCACCAAAUUUUGGAUCUUCGAUUGCCUGGUCUGUUUGUUCAUGAUGACCACCAGGAGUCAGUUGCUCACUUGAUUGCUCUACAGCUGUGUGAGGCUCUUCAUGCCUGUGGGCGUCACACUUGUACAGGAACCAUCUGUGAACGAUUGACUCAGCUUCCCAGCAAACAAGUGGUAGAGCUGAUGACCCCACCAACUUUUGAGAGUGGUGUCCUUGGCAGCAUGGCUGAUAUUCCAGUUGGUGGGAUCCCAUUUAUUACUACUUGGCCAACUUUGAGGAGUUGGCUGGUAGCUACAGGUCAAGGGCGAUUGGUUCGGAAAUUGCCAGAGGGAGAAUGUGUCACCUUCCAACGCUUGGGGGCAGUCUUUGGCCCAAAGCUUGGGGUGAUUCAGAAUGCAAUUCCUUACUGCCCCCGCGUCCAGCGAGAUUUGGAGCCAUUACUCAACAAACUCAAUGCCAUACUGGAAGAGUGCCACAUGAAUGAUGAAGAGAUGGAUGAUACGAUGAAGGAGCAGAUUCGGAAUGCAUUGGAUGCUAUUCGCCAUGACAACUUUGAUUCCUAUGUCAAACCAACUCAGGAGGAACUGGGAACCUUUGUGCGACCUCUCCUUGCAAGGUGGCUACAAGAGAUGCCUCACAACUAUGUCAUUGGAAUGGAGCGAUGUUCCCUCUUGGCGCUUGAAGCCUGUGAGUCAGAGUGGCUGGCAGACAACCUUGAUCUCAGCUCUGAGAUUGACUUGUUGCCCCAUGAUCCAUGUGCUCUCCGUGUCUUGCAGGCAAAGAGCAAACAUCGCAUCCUGGUUGUGUCCUCUUACUUUCGUUCCAUGUCAGAGAAAACGAGAAUGCUUGCCCGCAAACGAAGUGUCAAGGCACAGCUUGCUGGCACCAGUUUGCUGGUUCAGAGUGGAAAUCUGCCUGUGCAACAUGAAGAGGAACUCCGUUGUGUGAUGCAAUCAUUUCUAAUGGGGCUGACAUUUGGAUAUGCUGAUGGCCAUGAUGACAAUGACAAUGGCGUGGACGAUGAGGAGGACAGCCUUGUGGAUGAUGAUGACGCUGACACUGACAAACUCAACCUUCGUCUAGCCAGAAUCAAGGCAAUGCCCAAUGGAUUCUUUCUUGGGGCCCCUCCAAAUGUCUUGGGUGUUUCCAAGAGCCUUGAGAUUGGAUAUGCAGAAGCCAUCUACCUGCGGGAGCACCUUGGAUUUGCCAAGUUUGGAAAGGUACUGACUGCACAUGGGAUAAACCCCCAUUCCCCCAUGGAGGAGGAUUGGUGUUGUCCUGGGACUCCUGCUACUGCUGGUGUGGUGGCCAAGCCUUGUACGAACCCUGAGGAUGUCAAGAAGCCUGUCAUGAUUGGUGCUGCGGUGAAGGAGCAUCCCUUUGCUGGUGAGUGGUGCUGCAACAAGUGCCACCGUGGUUUGGAACGUUUGGAGGUGAAGAUUCUUCAAGACAAGGUGUCCAAGGGAGAUGAGCUUACUACUGAACAGCAAGAGCGCUUGGAAGAGUUGGAAGCUCGGCAACAAAACAAGCGGGACAAGACGAAGGAGCGUCGAGACCUGAUCAAGGCUGAAGCACCAGAAGCACUUCUGGAUGAAGAGCGAAACAAGGAAGCCACCACGAAAAAGCGCAAGUUGAACGAGUAUGAAGAAAAUCCAAAGCUGAAAGAGGCCGAUUUGAAGAAGCGCCGCAAGGAUGACCAGAAACGCAGAGAGAAGGGGGAGAAGAAGGCCCGCGGUAUCAAUCGGUUCACAACCAAAGGAGUUGGCAAGGAUGGGCUGUACCCAAAGCGCAUUCAGGAAAAGCUGCAGUUGGCUAUUCAGCAUCUUGGGAAUGAGCUCAAUGAAAUGCACAUCUUUUGGAAUCACAUUGUAGAUGUGUGCAGUGCAGUGUUGGUGAAGGAAGAGCCCAAAGGGAUGGCAAUGAAGAAGACAGGGAAAGGAGAAAUGGUGCCCACCUACUGUGACUUUGCUUUUCGUCAAGCUGCCCUCACCUGUGGUCUAACCCAAGGAAUUACAAACAAGAAGCACUGGUUGUGGCCAAACUAUGACGAGAACAAGCGGACUCAGAAGCGCCUUGUCAAAAAGGAAGUCCUUCCAGUUGUGAUUUCGAAGAUGUAUCCUGGCUCCGAGCUUGCUGGUUGA